AAAAUAUGCCCUUUUUUCCACAAUACUUAAAACCGCCACUACCACUCUCACGCCGGCGACCACCAUCACCACCACCACCACCACCACCACUUUCUUCCAGAUCCCUUUCAACACUUUAAUAUUUAAACUAUUUACUUCAUUAUUUUACCCCAUUUUUACUUUUCUUCAAAAAUAAUAAAAAUAACAAAAACAAAUAAAUGGAAAUUAUGAGCUGUAAUAAUAAGUUCCAAAUGUUCGAUUCAUAAUUUUUGGGAGUUGGGUUUUCUAAUUUCAUAUGGCGAAAAGGGUUUACGAAGUCUGGAAAGGAAGAAAUAAAUUCUUUCUUGGAGGGAGGUUGAUAUUUGGUCCUGAUGCUAAAUCCUUACUUGCCACGUUUUCACUUAUCACUGUUCCUGUCAUUAUUUUCUGUAUAUUUGUUGGAAGACAUCUUCGACACGAGUUCCCGUCUUAUAAUGCAGGAUACGUCAUCAGUGUAGCAGCAAUCAUCUUUACAAUCUUUGUGCUCGCGCUUCUUCUACUUACUUCAUCCCGUGAUCCUGGAAUUGUUCCUCGUAACUCACAUCCACCAGAAGAAGAAUUUCGUUAUGAAGCCGGAGGAAGACAAACACCAACUUUACAAUUCCCACGAACCAAAGAAGUUAUGGUUAAUGGGAUUGCUGUUAGAGUCAAAUAUUGUGACACAUGCAUGCUAUAUCGUCCUCCUCGUUGCUCUCAUUGCUCUAUAUGUAACAACUGUGUUGAACGUUUCGAUCACCAUUGUCCCUGGGUCGGCCAAUGCAUUGGACUGCGGAAUUACCGUUUCUUCUUUCUCUUUGUUUCUUCGGCAACACUUCUUUGUAUUUAUAUAUUCUCGAUGUCGGCUUUAUACAUCAAGAUUUUGAUGAAUGAUUACGAGAGUACAGUUUGGAAAGCAAUGAAAGAAUCUCCUGCGUCGGUUGUUUUAAUGGCUUAUUGUUUUAUUUCACUCUGGUUUGUUGGUGGCCUCACAGGAUUUCAUCUUUACCUUAUUGGUUCGAACCAGACUACAUACGAAAAUUUCCGGUACAGAUCAGAUAACAGAUACAAUGUUUAUAAUCGGGGUUGUCUAAACAACUUCCUCGAAGUUUUCUGCACAAAGAUAAAGCCAUCACGGAACAAAUUCCGAGAUCCAAUCCAAGAAGUGCAGCAACCACCUCCAACCACCGCACGUGAAUCUGCUACUGAUGAUGGUGGCCUGGAGGACCGCCGUGUGAAAGUAGAAGAUGAUAUGGAUAUUGGAGGUGAUUUAUUAAAAAUCUCGCAACGGCAUAACAUUGACGGUAUUGAAUCAGAUAUACGUAGCAGAGGAAAUGACGAAGAAGCUUAAGCUCGGGUUUUUUUUGGUAACAAAUGCUUUUUUAGGUAGUCGAAGUCACGAAGGUGUGUGGAUGAUGUAAAUGUUUGAGAGGGCAAAAGUUGUCGUUUUGAGUAUUGGUUGCCACAGGUUUGGUUCCUGUUGAUUGAUGCAUUUGUGUAAUGGUGUGUUGUUAUGGAUUAAUUUAGAGGUACUGGCUUCAUUCUUUGUGUAAAUUAAACUAUUCAAGACUUCUUUCUCAACAUGCCGAAUUGUUUUGUUUA